AAUUCUGGCCAGGCAACCCUUAGGAAACAUAUCCACAGUACACCCUCCCACCACUUGCACAUACACACUCAACACGCACACCACAUCUAGUACAUACAUACAGGGGCACAGGAAGGAACAGACCCAGUAUACGCUUUAUCCUUCUCAUCGUCUGACUCGCUACAUCAUGCUCAGGAGAGAGGGCGGGCUCGAUGCGCUCCUCGAACGACCACGACCAAACCUAUGGCAACAGUUCAUCAGAGAACCCUGCAUUUUCCUGGCAACCAAACUGUAUGAGUGGCGUCGAAUUGUCAGAUCCCAGCCUAUCAAUCCCAUCUCUGUCGUCUGCAUCUCCGAUACACAUAACUCCAAGCCAGAUAUACCUGCGGGUGAGAUCCUAAUCCAUGCCGGCGACAUGAGCCAAAGUGGCACUCUAAAGGAAAUCCAACAGUCUCUGGAUUGGCUCAACUCAUUGCCGCAUCUGUUCAAGAUCCUAAUCGCUGGUAAUCAUGAUAUUUUGCUUGACAGCACACAACCACGUGCCGAUCAAGUCGAACGCGCAUCCCUCAACUGGGGGAGCGUAAUCUAUCUGAACUCUGAGUCAACGACCAUAACAUGCAGUAACGGCCGUCGUCUAAGAAUCUACGCUAGCCCUUUGUCUCCACGCCAUGGUAAUUGGGCGUUCCAAUACUCGCGCAACCAAGAUGUAUGGCAUGGCAAGGUCCCGGAAGGCACUGACGUUCUUAUCACACACGGUCCACCAAAAGGCCACCUUGACGCAGGCCACUUGGGGUGUAAGUUCCUGCUUGAAGAGUUGUGGCGGAGAAAGCCUAAGUUGCACGUAUUCGGACAUGUGCAUGAAGGGUACGGGCUGGAAUGGGUGCAGUUCGAUGCGUUGCAGAGGGCGUAUGAGAACACGGUCAUCGCAGGUGGAGGAAUCUGGAAUCUUGGGCAAGUCGUACUCGAGUUCCUCUAUGCUAUGUUUAGCCCGGUAAAAGAAUCUAGGGGUUUGCUCGUAAACCCCAGCAUGGUCGGAGGCCUCCGGGAUGACCAAAGGAGACGCCCUAUAACAGUGUACGUAUAGAUCUAACGUAGAAACUGCUACUGGAAAUACCAACGUAGCACAUCUGGAGAUUGAAGUUACGAUAGCAGAUGUCAACCAAGACGUUGAAAUUGUUCCGACCUCAGCACGUCUAUAGCGGUAGGUCUUCGUCUAUAAUCGACGACGAAGAGGUAGCGGAAAAAAUCCGCGAGUGCAGGCGAUAUAUCCCACUUGCCAAGCUCCUCUUCAAAUGAAAGAGUUUCCAAACACUUCGGAUCCGUGUUAUCACCACAUCCCGACUUCUCAAUCAGCCGGGCAAUCCUGAAAUAA